UGCGGCGCUCAGGAAGCGGGGUGGCCCCGAGCGGCCUGCAACAGAGCCGUAGACCGGGGCCUUGUGUGAAAGCCCAGGCACGUUAAAUGUGGGCGUGUAGAAAGCCUUUUCAAAGAACGCGACGAGAAGGUUGUAUAGAGGUUAAAGGUCUUCAAGGGUCAAAGGUCAUCGCAGAGGGAUGGCAUGGGUCAUAGUCGGCUCAAGGCUCGUUUUAUAAUUUUUCAGGACUAAUUGGGAAUUAUAAGACUAUGCGUUUGUAACAUAACUUGCUCGUGUAGAUUUGGUUUACAGGUCGGGAAAUUGCAUACUGCCUUUUACUCUUCUUGACGUAGCCCAAAAUUGCAGUGUUAAGGAAAGUCGGACCGUAGCCCGGUUGUUGCCAUGGAGGGGAUGGACGUUGAUCUUGACCCAGAGCUCAUGCAGAAGUUCAGUUGUUUGGGGACUACUGAUAAGGAUGUUUUGAUUUCAGAAUUUCAGCGCCUUCUUGGUUUUCAGCUCAACCCUGCUGGCUGCGCUUUUUUCCUAGACAUGACUAACUGGAAUCUCCAAGCUGCAAUUGGAGCAUAUUAUGACUUUGAAAGCCCAAGUGUCACUGUCCCAUGCAUGUCAUUUGUAGAAGAUGUAACUAUUGGGGAGGGGGAAUCUGUGCCACCAGACACCCAGUUUACCAAGACCUGGAGAAUCCAGAACACAGGAUCAGAGGCAUGGCCCCCUGGUGUGUGUCUGCGUUAUGUAGGGGGUGAUCAGUUUGGUCAUGUCAACAUGGUAUUAGUCCGAUCCCUAGAUGCACAGGAGAUGACUGAUGUCAGUGUGCCAAUGUGCAGUCCAAGCCAGGCCGGCAUGUACCAGGGCCAGUGGAGGAUGUGUACUGCUACUGGUCUUUAUUUUGGAGAUGUUAUUUGGGUGAUACUGAGUGUAGAGGCUGGAGGCCUAUUGGGAGUUACUCAGCAACUGUCUUCAUUCGAAACAGAAUUUAAUACUCAACCUCAUCGAAAUCUUGGAGGCAACUACAACCCCUUUGCUUCUCCACAGAAAAGCCGGUCACCUGAUCUGGAGGACAUGGGUACAUGGGGGCCUCAGACAGAGCCCUCUGAAAAUGAGGAGAAUGGACUUUCUCAGACCUCUGUAAAUAUAUGUGCACCGGAUCACCCGGCCAACUGUUCAGUUGCAACAUAUAGAGAGAGUGUGCAUGGGUCUUACCCUUUUGGAGAAUCUUAAGAGGAACUUUUAUCCCAUCCACAGUUCUUUUUUCGUCCCACAGAAACAGGAUGGUCUUCACUAUGCUAUACCUGCUGAAGAUAAUGCGAGGGAAAUAUAUAUUUUUGUUGGAUGCUCUUAAUAUAAGUGAACAUUUUGUGAUGAUUAGGGUAGUAAAGUUUUCAACCAAAAGAGACUCUCCCCUGCAGCCUUAAUUUGUUUGUCCCUGCUUCCUUCCCAUUUAAAUUUUUCCACUUGGAUGAUAGCAGUUAUAAAUGAUGAACUUGCAACUAUAGUAAACGAGCAGCUCCUUAGACAAAAUUUACUGGGUCAUUUAAAAUAAAUAUUUCCUUAGUGUUAUCUGCAUGUUGUAAAAUCCUGUAAUCUUUUAAUUUCCUUUAGCGUUAUAGUCUGUUCUCAAAGGAUUUCAUAAAGUGGCACUGUUAAGUCUAAAUCAGUAUAUGUAUAUAGAUGGUCCAUUAAGCAAUGGACAGAUCUACUAUAAUUUUUUUCUGAUGAAAAAUAACUUUUCAGCGCCUCAAUUUAUUUCAAGAAAGAAAGUAAAAUUUUCAAUGUUACUUCACUUCUAGUGACCCAAGUUAUGCUGGGAAUUGUAGAAUCAACAGUAUGUGUUUAAAAUGCUCCACUUAACCAGAUAAUGUAAUAAUAAUACCUAAAGGUGAUGUUAAGGGAAAUAUAUAAUUUUGCCAAAUGUAAUGUAAAUGUAGUUUUAAGCAAAGAUAAUAACAAAAUAACUAAUUCUUUUUUUCACACAACACUCCUUUCAUUUGUGCACUCAAGAAUUAACUCAACUUGCAGCUUUUUGCACUGGUGCUGUCAUAUAACCACACAAUGAGAGCCUGAAAACAGCAAUGAUUUCAGUAUGCACAACUCAAAGAAAGUGUGAAGAGUUACACAACAUGGUCUAGAGAACAUCGAGCUCCAACGUGCAACAUUCAAGGAAGAAACUACACCAUGAGUGUGGUGAGCUCCGCUUGUGGUAUACCCCUGAACAAUGCCAGUCUCUAUAAUGAAAUAUUGCAUAAAAUAGCUUAUAUGUAAAACCCUGCUUUACCCCCUUUUCAUAAACCAUUUUCAUAAAAAUAAUAUACUUUUUUUAGUUAUCCUAAAUAGAAAAUUGCCAUUUUAAGUAACGAGGGCAGUCUCCUGUAAUCAUAUGAUUUAUAGUGCACGCAAACAAACCCAAGGCACACACAUGUUAGGUCACAUCAGCCAAUUAUUCUGUCUUUUGCUCCCAUACAUCUUCCUGUUAAAGUUAGAUCUGCAUUAUAUAUUCCAGUUUGGUAAGAUUAUUUAAUAGGCCACUAGGAUAUAGGAUAUAAACUAUAUGUUGGUUCAUUUUGGGAGUAUAGUUUUCCUAUAAUUUAUAUUUAAAAAUUGCUUAGAUUUACAAUUUCUUUAAUUAAUUUUGCUUUUAAUUUAUAUCCCCUUUAAAGAAAAAAAAGAGACACUAUUACAGCAGAUUUAGUGCAUUUAUUUUACAUAUUGCAUAUUCCAUUACUCUUAAAUUUUCAAUUUUUAAGUGGGAUUUCUGGUGAAAAAAUACCAAUUGUUAUGCCUAGGGAUUCCAGAUCAUACUUUUAUAACUAGACCCCAGUAAGAUCCCAAUGCUGCAUGGCUAUUGAGCAAUCCUAUUGCAUACAUUUCUACUAAAAAAAUUAAUCAGCCAAGCAUUGUGUGUGUAUUUGUGUAUAUCAUUUUUAGCUAGGGGACAUUAUUAAAAUACAUUAUUAAAAUGCAUUGUAUUGUGCUUGCUGCAUUGAGUGUAAGUCACAGCAUGCACAAUAUAUUCAUACAAGAUAUUUUAAAAAGUCAGUAUAAGUAAAGUAAAAUGUUACCUGCAAAUAUCAAUGUCACUUUAAAGUACAUGGAAAAUAACGAUCCCUUUAUUUAAAGAUAUGAUCUGCAAAAUGUGUGCUGUGAGAAAGGGCUGUUGCUUUAAUUAAGAAAAAUCCCUCUUCUGCAUUUUAAAUUUUAACCAGGACCUAAUGCAAACAAACUAACCUUUAGUUGACAAUUUUUUAUUUCAUUUCCCCUGGGAAAACUGAUAUAAUAUAUCUCUUACUGUAAGAGUGAAAAAAUAUUUUAAAAAUAGUUUUUAAACUACUCCUAUUUUUAUUAACUAAUAACUAUAAUUCUACUUUCUAUAAUCUCCUUUCAACCACAAUCACCCUCUUCAUUGACUAAUGCUAAUUUAGGCUUACUGUGGUAGGCUUGUUUUCAAGCUUAAUAGCUGUAAAGAGGUAAUACAACAACAAAAAUAAUGUUCCAGUUAGCGUGAAUACUUGGAAACACUGGUUUUGGCUUUUAAUUUUUUACUUUUUGGGAGGCAAUGCCUCCAGCAAUUAAAUUCUGGAUUUUUUGGUUUGAAAAUAACUUUAACAAUAUUUAUUUUAUAUAAAAAUGAACUUAUCAUUUAUAAACAGUGUUUACUAUAGGGAAAGCCUACUGUAGAGAAACUCUUUUUCCUACAUACUGUUUUUAGCUCAAAGGGAUUCUGUCAUGAUUUUAUGGUGAACUUUUUAUUUCUAAAUUACACUAUUUACAUAGCGAUGUGUAGGCAGCCAUCUCAGUGCAUUGUGCCUGAUUCUAAGCAUUUAGAAGGAGCCAGUGCUACACAUUACAACUGCUUUCAGAUAACCUAUUGUUUCUCCUACUCCCAUGUAACUGAAGGAGUCCCUAGCCAGACUUUGAUUUUUUACUAUUGAGUGCUAUUCACAUAAAUAACAUAUAUAUUUUAGCAAUACAGGUGUCAGGUAGCUGCUAUUUUGCUACCUUCCCAUUUUUCAGCUGAUUGGUUCUGGAGAGGAAAGGGAGGGGGUGAUGUCACUCCAACUUGCAGUGCAACAGUAAAGUGUGACUGAAGUUCAUAAAAGCACAAGUCACAUGGUUGUGGCUACAUUGGAAAUGAAGAAUGUGGCUAGCCCCAUGUGAGAUUUCAAAAUUAAAUAUUAAAAAAAUCUGUUUGCGCUUUUGAAAAAUAGAUUUAAAUGCAGGAUUCUGCUGGAGGAGCUCUAUUAAAUGAUGCAUUUUUGGGGGGCAAAACAUUUUUCCCAUGGCAGUGUUCCCUUAAAAUAACAUCUACAUCUCUUUGUAUCAGAACAUUUCCAACAAGUACAGCUGGUUAUAGAACCAAAGAUAUAAAAUCCUAUUUGCAUAACAUCAAAUAAUUUUGACAUUUAGGUAUAUAUGCUAUUUACCACUCGUACACAAAAACAGUUGUCUUGACACUUGGCUACAAGAUUAAGAACUGCUAUUACAUGUAUAGUUCCUGAUGCUACAUAACCUUCCCUCCUGUCAAGUAAUUCUCAUACAGCUAAUGAUUCUGUCCACUGCAGUGCUAUCUGGUUUUAGUUAUAGAACCAGAAAGGGAAGUUGGAAUUUGUACCGAUUUUAUUAUUGUUUUUGAUCUCUAUUACCAUCACAUCUAAUGCUUUAUUUAGAACAAAUUCCCAAAAGGCAAAACAAAAACUUGAGUUUAUGCCAAUUUGGCACAGAAAGCUCUUUGUUUCCCAUUUUUUAUGGUGUGAAAGUUUAGUAGAUAAGAUGUGUGUUUGGUGCAUGCAUGAGAUGAGUGCAGAGUGCUUGGUGUUGGGUGGGGGGGGGAAGCUUAAAAAAUUGAAAAUGAAAACAUUUGAAAUGGAGGAAUAUUUUCCUUAAUGUAUAAAGAAAAUUUCUAUCAAUAAAUUAACUUGGAAAAUG